GCGCAAGCGACUGUUUAGCAGGACUUCCACACUCGUGCCUACGACACAUGCUUCGCCGGGCUCUGCGCUGCCUUUCCUUAUCGUGCGUCUGCUGCAGCAAGUUGUAUCGCACCGCCGCAAGGAUCUUUUCCAUUUCCAUCGCACAGCUCGGCGCUUGUUGAUUCGCAAAGGACUUUUCUCACUGAUCCAUGUUUCGUUUCGUUUCGAUGGGAUAAAUAUACCGCUGAUUUCCCCACCUGCCCCGUUCCCGAAUCGGGCGAGGCUGUGAGUGGAUGACGAAGGGCUCGACGUUCAUUGCGGGAGAACGCGAAAGUGAAGGAGACGCUUACCACUGUGCGCUGAAUUGGGGUGUGGCGAGCGGCGAGCCAACAGCAACCAAACAUAGCAUCGCGGCGGCCCAUCUUGCAGUCAUUGCAAUUACUCCCUUGCAUGCUGCGUGUCAGAAGUCGUUUGAAUAGAGCAACGGAGCUCCCGUCUGCUCCAGCUCGGUUCAGCCCUGGCAAGCAAAAUAGGUCCAAGGCAGUGAGUGGGACCCAAGCACUGCACUGGCCCCACAACCACCCGGCUUGCAAGCAAACAACUGGUUACUUUGGACACGAGUCUACCUCAUCAUUCCACCGCGGCGCUCGGACGUACUGACUACCGCAACAAACAGGGUACAGAUCUCCCUCACUGCCACUUUCAUUGAGCUGAGGCAGCUGUAAAUGGACAGCACACUAUCCUCAUUAUCAGCAUCCGCCCAACUGGAGCGCUCGAGAUGUAUUUGACAAGCUCAUCCACCCAAAACCAGUGGAGCAGCAGCAGCUCGCGUCACGUGGCUCUGCCAGGCUCGCGGAUAAGACGGACAGGACAAUGAUAGAGGAUUGCGCGAACGCGGCGACAUACGCGCCGGUGCAUCAGCUGCCCGCCAACUGAAUAAAUCGAAGAGCCCUAUUCACGAGAUCACGUCAACCGCGCAACGUGCUCGCAAAGCCCCCCCAAUCGGGAAGCCUGUCCCCGCAACUCGCCGUGCCGCGCAGGCUGUCGCCGCCGCCGCCGCCGAUUCACUCCAAUAGCGACGAGGAAGAGAAGGGCUCGGGGUGGGUAUUCUGAUCAACCUCGGGCGGCUGGGAAAAAGAAGCCCCUGAUCAGCGUGUUCCGUGAUCCCGUCCCGGCUGCGGCGGUGACUCAGCGACGACGAGCAGCUGCGUUCCACGCACGCACGCACUUCCGCGGAACAUUCUGCCGCCGCCGCCGUGUCCGCCCCGUGAAACCCAACAGCCCACGCCCCGAAUAGGAAAGAGCAUGCAUGGCCUGCGCUCGGAGAGUCUCAAACCCAGUUCAUGUGGUGAUUGGAACGGCAUUGGUCCGGGUCCAGAUCGACCUCGGCGACUGCAGCACAGUCCUAGUCAACCACACAACCAGGCGCGUGAGAUCCGUAUCCGGCCGUGCAGCAGAGUGGCAGAUUACGUGCCUGCGCUAUCUAAGUAUCGUGCCACAGACAAUGGGCGUCCCGGUCUUCAAAAAUACCGGGCGGCCCUCGUCCAUCGCGCGCGGCGCCUGCACCGCAGCAUGCCGCGUCCCACUCGAUGACGCACACACACACGCACACACACUGGCACACCUUCUGAUAAGAACGCGCCAUGUCACGGAGCCUCGCGCCCUGAAUGGAAACCCUCCCGAACACGAACAUGAACAACAUUCGGACUCUCACCGCACGGGCGGGGCGCGCCAGAGGCUGGGCUGGGGGCCCCUAGCCACAGCCAUACCGUGCGCUUCCAUUCGCCGUCUGCAGAAAGCCCCACAUGUGUGUGCCCGCGCGACCCUGCGAGCGACUCAAGAGCGGCGUUUGGCGCUGCCAGUGCCGCCGGAUCCAGUCCAGGGACACUUGCUCUGCUUCUUCUGACUGAGCCCUAGGAUACGGCGAGCGAGCGAGAUGCGCUGACGUUGAGCGUCGGCUGAGGUGGUACGCUCGGUCAACUCACACAGCGGCUGUAAUAUGUCAGGACGGAGCCUCUCGGGGCCUGAUGUUUCCACCGAGCGGCUGAGAUAGUACGAUAGUAAGAUACUUACCCGAGUCAGCAAUUGAACCAAACGCCUUCUGGCAACACGUGACGCGUUAUCUCGAUGGUCCGUAUGUACUUUGCACGUUCUUCGCCGUUAUGUAGCAAUUAGGUACAUUGGCCAGGAAGGUGGUGCUGG